UCCCUUAGUAAAAGGGGAGGUAUAAGGCAAAUACUUGACAGAAAAUGGAAUGUAGGUCUGCACUGGAAAUAGCUAAAUAGGAGAACUUGACCUUUUAUCGGGACACAGAAAGUCGACCAGCUGAUGAUUCCAAACUAGCUGCCAUUUUCAGGUCAUUCGAGGCAUCUCGCUAAAUUGUUUGUUGCUCCAGAUAUUUGUAUGAGUAAGCCUGCUUUAUUCGCCUGUUAAUUUCCCUUUGUAAUGGACAAAACGCGUUGUCCUGUGCUGUCUAGUGGUGGAAUAUAAAUCAUGAUGGCUGAUGGAUGUUGCAAAGGAAUGGAAAGAGGCAGGGGUAAGAUUGCAUCAGACUCUUUACCAAGACAUGCAUUUCCUCAGCAAUAUGUUCAGACCUGGUCACAGCAGCAAGGAAAUGACAUCCAAGAAUUAGCUUCCAAACGCGUCGACAUCCAGAAGAAACGCUUUUAUCUGGAUGUCAAGCAGAGUGUACGCGGCCGUUUCCUUAAAAUAGCCGAGGUGUGGAUAGGAAGGGGCCGUCAUGAUAACAUCAGAAAGAGCAAGCUGACACUGUCUAUGUCGAUGGCUCCCGCUCUACGCUACUGUCUGGGAGACUUUAUAGAUUAUUACGCCCGCAUUGGACUGCGGGGGGGGCUGGCGCCUCCGCAGGUCGAGGACCACAGUAACAAUGGCCAGGGCCGCGGGAACGACUCCCGUAAGAGAGCGCAGGAGCAUCACGCGAACCUGUCCCCCACCGGUUCUGUUGUGUCCGAUGACCAUGCACAUCGUGUUCUCAAGAGCGAAUUUAUUGAGCGAGACAACAGAAAGUACUUUCUGGACCUGAAGGAGAACCAGAGAGGCAGAUUCCUCCGCAUACGGCAGACUGUCAGCAAAGGACACGGCACAAUGGGCUACUACGGCCAGGGCAUCGAGCAGACCAUAGUGUUACCCGCACAGGGACUGAUUGAGUUCAGAGACGCUCUGUCACAGCUGAUUGAAGACUACGGGGACGAAGAGAGCGAAGACCGCAGCCGAGCAGGCUCCAGGAAUCGCAACGACAACCCCGAGCUUCCAGAGGCUGCGUCUUUUCGAGUGGACAACAAAAGGUUUUACUUUGAUGUGGGUUCAAACCGGUAUGGUAUCUUUUUAAAAAUCAGCGAAGUGCGACAGCCGUAUAGAAACACCAUCACAGUUCCCCUAAAAGCCUGGGCUAGAUUCGGAGAGAAUUUCAUCAGGUACGAGGAGGAGAUGCGACGAAUCUUUUCUUGUCACAAAGAUAAAAGGACAGAUGGCCAGCAAGACAGUGAGGAACAGGAGGACUGACCUUCAUGGUGCUUUUAGCAUGUAGCCUAAUUUAGGGUUUCAGUUUUGUCCAGAUGGGACAAUAAUAUGAUGUACUGUAUGUGUCCCUACCAUACUACUCAGAUACGAUGUACUUCAUUAACUUUUCAGUUUAUUUGCCAAGGGCUGAUAAACUCAAAAUUUUUAACAUGCCAAGAAGUCAGUCAUCAUUUUCUCAUUAUUGUGUUGUAGCCACUUAGUCAGGGCCAUCCCAGGGUCCUGAGCCAGCUGCAUCCCUGCGCUCCCCCAUACCAUACUCAUGCCUCCCUGUUAAAUUCAAGAGUGCAGUGUUCAUUUGCUUAAACUUUAAUUCUAAGUUACAUAGAAAGUUGAAGCUAAUAAUAUCUGUUAAUAUUUUACCCCCAAAGCAAUAUGGUUAACAAUUUUAUGGCACACUAAUGUGCAGAAAUUUUGUCAGUUUUUAGAGUUAAUUUGUUAAGUAUAGUGUGUUUUGUGAUAGGUACAAUUUAAGAAAUGAUAUAGAAAGAAAAAAAUCGGACCUUUUUAUUAAUGAAGAAAAUACCUCAUAUAUUGGAACUUACUGUAAGUGCAAUACACACAAGCAGCAUUAUAGAACACUUGCAACCCAACUGGACAAGUGGAGAAGAAAUUAAAUUACAGGAAUCAGAAUUGGAAAUGGGAAACGAGUGUUGUACAGAUUAAUGCUGCCAGUUAAGACUUGAUGGGAGGGGAGGAAAAAUAAGACACAUAUUGUGACGUUAAUCACAUACUGUUGGUGUGUGCUGCCUUUUCACUGGUCCAGCCGGAAGGUUUUCAUUCAUGUUAACAGUUCCAGUUUAUGUUGCCUCAUAUGAGACACAAAACAUUGCUUUAAAUGUCCAUGAUAAUGCUGGCAAAAAUGAAUUUAGUGACAGCUUUUCCUGCAGUGCAGUACUUUAGGCCAAUCAAUCUGUGCAAAUGACCAGACUAGAGCAUCCUGAAAUGUAUAAAAUGUGCUGCUUACCUCGGCAGCAUAACGAUGGGGGGAGACAUGUGCUGUAGAAGCCUGCUUUAAAUUACAAGGACACAAAGCACUACAUGAUGUUCUGGUUUUUGAUAAGAGUGCAGUUGUACUGUGUGUUGCAUUCACAAAAAUGGGGGAGGUAAAAUGAAUUAAAAAAAACUUUAUAGGUACUGCAAUCCAAGUCCAGUAAUUCUAUCCAACACAAGCACUUAAACCUUAUUUAGACUUCUGCGUGAAAUCUGUGUUGCAACACUUGAAAAAGAAUGGGCUUGUAGAAUUUGCUGAAAGACUAGAUCACUUGAUGACUUGAUAUAAUUACCUUAAAAAUGGUUAAUAAAACUAGAAAACAACUAUAUAUGUAGCGGUCCAUUCAGGAACCCUAAAAUACAGCUCAACAGAAGAAUAAAAAACUGACUGCUAUCUGGAAAGACACACAGAUCUAAUGUCACAUUUCUAGAGAGUAACUGUGUUACUGGAGUUACAUUAUUUAUUUUAUGUGAUACUAAUAUCCUAAUACUUAAAUUUACAUAACAUAUUGACAGAAGGAAAGGUAUUUUACAUGUGUUCUGCUGAACACACAACAUUGUAAUAUGCUAUCUUUAGUGGCUGCACCCUCUGUCGUUCAGUGUCUUUACUACAUUUGACAGAGCCUAAACGUAGACCUGAAAAAAGAUGCACCAUGUUGCAUGACUGCUUGGAGUGUGGCUGCUCUUCCUAUUAUUCACAUGAAUUUGAAACAUAUAGCGGAUGGUACACUGAUGGUAGAAAAGUUCUAAAAUAAUAGAGAGAAGAGGUCUAUGCACUUUGACCUAGACAAACAAGCCUCCGUUUUUUGUUUUGUUUUUUGUUUUUAAUCUUUUGGCUUUCACUCAUUACAGCCAAGUUAUACAAGUUCUAAACAUUUUGCCAAAGAGAAUGCUUCUUUUCAUAAUUUAUUUUUGGCAUGAGGAGGAAUAAUUAAACAUCAAAGUUUAUACUUUAAGUACCUUCCUGCCUAUUCUGUAAUAUUGUGUGGUGCUAUGAAAAUGGUUUCACACAUUGUCUUUUGAGGAUGUUGAUACCCAGUUUUCACUAUUACAGCUCAGGUCCGUUUUUUUUUGUUUUUUUUUAAUAUAUAUGACGUAAAUAGAUCAAAGUCAAGGUAUAAACUGGGCUUGUUACCUUGAUGUCAGCAAAUAGCCCAGUGCUUACUGGUGAAUUGGGGGUGUUGGGAUCGAAAGGGCUCAACAUCAAGCUCAAAUGGGUCUAUAGAAAAUCUUAAAUCAAUAUGCUUGUGCCUGCAGAACCUUGUAUUUUACCUUUCCUUGCUGUCUAUUGAUGAACAAGUGAUUACAUUUUUUGAAAGUGUAAAUGUAAGUGUAAGUUCAUUUUUAACUUUAAGUCCUUAAAAUCCAUCCAAGUGCUGCUAUUCAUGAGCUUGGAUGGCAUUUUGCUGUAUAUUUGCCUAUGUUUGCAUUCUGUGACCAGCAUGAAAGUAGAGCUGGUCACAUUGACAAAGAACCCAAGCCAGACUUGAGCAUCAUACCAGGAUAAGGCAAAAACCUAGAUCAACCUUAAUGUCCUUAAAAAGGACAAAAACCUAAAAAUUGAAGUACCUAAACUCUAAAUGUGCAAAUGGUAAAGCUAGUUUUAUCUUCAGUAGAUUUUAAAGCAUAAACCCAAUCAAUUAAAUAGAUUCAUGUUAAUGCUUAAUCUUAACAUGAUUAACUUAAUUCCAGUAGCUUCUUUAUACUUCCCACUACCACUGAAACACAGUGCAGUACUUUACUGUGAGUGACAACAUCAUUUCUGUUAUAAAAAAGAAAGAAAUAGUAAUAUAAGCAGAAAGGGAUUCGUCUGCUACAACACGAUAUUCCUUUCUAAUAUGGAAAUUUACAAGGAAAGUACCUCUGGAGCUGAGGUACACCCUUUGAGAUUAGAUAAUAUUUUUUAAAGUACAGGUCCUAAUAAGCUAAAGUACGUUGACUGUUUGAACUUUAUUUUGAAUUAGGUGGGCAGCUUUUUAAAUUCUCAUGCAGGAAGUCAUAUUUCCCACGAGAUGCUGAUGCUUAUAUGAAGAGGUGUCAGAGCUAAUUGUCAAGUUUAUAUCUGAACAGAAACAAGUCAAAGUUAAUAUUUGAUACCUCAUGUCUGUUUUGGGGUCUUUGUCUCAGUUUCACAGAUUUGAGAUUUAGUGAAAUGAAGAAGGGGAAAAAAGGA